GGGGCUGCUGCCUCCAUGCGCUUUACAAACUGUGUAAAAAAAAAACUAAAAAAAAACUACAAGACCAGUGUUCUUUGUUCCCGUGACGUAGCCGAUACCCAUGACACGCGCUUCCUUUCGCUCAGCCAAGCCAGCAUCAUCAUCAUCAUCAUCAUCACCACCACCAUCAUCAUCAGCAGCAGUAGCAGCAGCAGCCUCCAGAUCGGAAGCGGAGGGGACAGCUCCCAGAUGGCUGCCACUCAGGAUGUCAAGGGGAAAGGAGAAGGAGGAGACCAAAAUUUCGACUACAUGUUCAAGCUGCUCAUCAUCGGCAACAGCAGCGUAGGGAAGACGUCCUUCCUGUUCCGCUAUGCUGAUGACGCCUUCACGUCGGCCUUCGUCAGCACAGUGGGCAUCGACUUCAAAGUUAAGACCGUUUACAAGAAUGACAAGAGGAUCAAACUGCAGAUCUGGGACACUGCAGGCCAGGAGCGCUACAGGACCAUCACUACAGCUUACUACCGUGGUGCCAUGGGCUUCAUCCUCAUGUACGACAUCACCAACGAAGAGUCCUUUGGCGCUGUGCAGGACUGGUCGACCCAGAUAAAAACCUACUCUUGGGAUAAUGCUCAGGUAGUGCUAGCUGGAAAUAAGUGCGAUAUGGAGGAAGAGAGAGUGGUCUCGGUGGAUAGUGGCCGCCUGCUGGCUGAACAAUUGGGUUUUGAGUUCUUUGAGACGAGCGCAAAAGACAACAUCAACGUCAAGCAGACCUUUGAACGUCUCGUCGACCUAAUUUGUGACAAGAUGUCUGAGAGCUUGGACACUGAUCCGGCUGUCACCACGGGAGCCCCCACCGCCAAACUGACAGACAGCGCUCCGCCCCUCCAGCAGCCUGGAUGCAACUGUUAGUGGACGGCAGUGGAAAGCUGUCAGGGCAGGAGAGUGCAGGAAGUCCUCGCUCUGCCAGAAUCGCCCUCACCGGACUGCAGUUCAAAGCCUGUUUAGUAGUAAAAAUUGCAAAGGCUGCUGCUUUAUCUCCCAAACGUUAUCACCUUAUAUAAUAAGCAAGUACAGUCAUUACAAAUGUAAAAACAUAUAACACCACAGGUUAUCUAGACUAUAGGGAAUCAGCGUCCUUCAGCUAGUUAGUUUGAUAAUAAACCAAUCCUGUCUGGCAGGACUUGAAAUAGUUCAACACUUAAACUUACAGAGGUUGUCCUUCAGACCUUUAAUAUCUUUAUGAAUACCUAUACAAGAAAUAGAAUCAGUGAGUGCUUUAAUAUGUCUAUGAAGUUUUCUGUAUGGUGUAAGUCGUCCUUUUUUUCUGGGUAAUUUUGACUCCUAGAGCGGCCAAAUCUAGGAUUUAGCGCACUAGGCGAUGUAGCGGCUUUCCUUUUGUGUAACGACUGUAAUAAUAAGCCUCUGGCUGUGACUGUGCAGUAAGUGAGCGUGGAUUUGCAUGAGUGUGUCAUGUCAUGUUGCCAUCGAUUAAUCAACUACCUUUUGGGGAAAAAAAGUGGCCUUUCAGUAUCUCCAACUCGGCCUCUGUAAGUCCCUCUGUAAGUCCUGCUUCCUGUUGGAAUGAAUUGAGUCUGUGUAACUGAUGGGAGUACAGUUUCACCCUGUAUGUAGAUGUGUGAAUUCUUCAGUAAGUAUCUGAAAAGCAACUCCAUCAUUAUCUUCAGCCUUUAAAUGUUUGAUGCAAAGAGCAUGCUGCCAAAAGGUCAAACAUGUGUGCUGUUUUAUCUGAAGAUAGGCCUUACCCAAAGCUCCUCGCCCUCAACUCCAUUACAUCGAAGCACAGUAAAGCAUUCUGAUAAAAAGCAGAUGAUGCGUCCUGGCAUGGAAUAAACAGCCAUAAUUUCUUAUUCAGCAUGACUUGUGCUGUAAAAUUGAACCCCUUCUUUAAAAAGAGGAAAGCAAGAUGUAUGUUGCUUAAAAAAGAAACUUCGUAAAUAAACACCACCUUUGUCUUUAAUAAAUCUGUGCCGUUUAAAAGUCGUAAGUAGUCCAAAAAUUCAAAGUUUCGAGUUCAUCUCAUAAAUUCAUAAAAAAGUGCCAAAAACAUCACGGUUCAACCAACCUCUUAACUGUCACGCUCAAAAUACUUACAUAUAAGUCAGUGAGUCUGUGAGGAGGCUGGUGUCCUCAUGACAGUUAAGGGGUUUUAACAUUGUUGGUUGCUUGUUGCAUAGAGAAACAAAACUACAAAAAUGUAAAAAAAAAAAAAAAAAAAAAAAAAAAAUGCAUGAAGUCAGUCCUGACGUAUCGGUGUAGAAUUAUACUCUGAGUCUGAGACACUGUAAAUAUCACUCUGUCUUACACAUUUAGGAGCAUUGUCAUGGCACUCGCUGUGAAAUGCAAUGGGCCAACAAGUGCAAUAUUUUAUGGAUGAAACCCUGUAAAUAGUUUCCUUCUGUCAUCUUGUCCAACAGCUCCAUCUGCAGUUUUUGCGAGAGAAAAUAGGAAGGCGUAGUUUUGAACAUGCUGUGCGCUUUCUGAAAGGGGUGGGAGCUUCACUGACAACCUGCAGUCACUGAACGUUUGGUGUAAUGUGUAUGGUGGACAUAAAAGACUUCAGACCCUGUUUAAAACGUCUGAUUUUUGAUCUGUGAGAAGAUGAGAUCAAGAUAAAUCCUUUCGGUGCGUUCCACCAGUUUCAGCUGAAAACAAACACCCCCAAAGCAUUGUGCUGCCACCACCAUGCCCUACUGUGGGUAUCUUACUUUGGUGAUGUACAUUGAUAUUUUGUGCCAAACAGAAAGUUCAACCAAAAGAUCACAACACAUUUUCCAACAUAUUUUUGGGGACUUUUUUUUUCUUUCUUUUUUUUUUUUUUUACUAAAUUUAUAUUGACUGGGAUGAUUAAAAAAAUGCUUUAUGUCCUGCCACCCUAUCCCAUGUCUCUGUAUUGCUACAUGCAGAGAAGACAGUUCUUUAGCUUUUUCUUUACACUUCAUAUAGUCCUCUUAAUAUGGUUUUAAAGGUUAGAGGUCACAUUACAGGGGUAAACAUUCUGAAAUUAUCUAUCUUGAAUUCAUUCUUUUACAUCACAAAAACCUCCCACUUUAACAGGGGUGUAGACCUUUUAUAUUUACUUUUAGUGUGUGGAUGCGUGCGCGUGCGUGUGUGUAUGUAUAUGUCUGUCUGCCAUAUUGAAGAGACGAAUUAGAGUUCUACAGUGUAUUGUUUGUGUAUACCUUUUUGUACAAUUGUAUUUGCGUACUGUAUGCUGUUCCUGCUAACUGUUGGGUGUUGACUGAACUCCUGUUACGUUAAAAUGCAGUGUUGUUGUGCAAAUAGUCAGGGAGAUAACCUAGUCCAUGCCAUAUGCUGUACUGUUAACACAAGAAAAAGGGAUACACUUAAACUUGCACACAAAGUGUGUUUGUUAACAUAUGUGUACAUGUCUUAUAAUAUAACAUGUUGGAAUAAAUUAUAGUAGAUCCCUAGAAAGGAUUCAUUUCAUAGAGAAAAACAGCCAAUCAGAUAAAUAAAAUCUCAUUUUAGAAACCUUUACAUAUAACUGAAUAUAUUUCUUGGAGUGCAAGCAAAAAUGAAAUUGUAUGUUUUUGAGAUUAUAGGAAAUAAAUUCAGAUUCUAUGA